AUGGAUGCUCCAACCCUCUCAAGAACUUACUACUCUACGUGGGAUGACGGUAGCGGCAACCUCGAGGUCAUCAUGCAGUCCACCCCAACCUCAACGGACCCCCAACACAUCGACCAUGCACAGAUCAUGUUCCACCAGCACAACCGCAGCAUCCUAGUCGGCGCCCCUUCGGACAUGGAGAACGUGGUGAACCUCACCUCACCAAUCCAUGAGACAUGGCUUGAGGGCCUCCAAGGCUUGGCAUCCUUCGAGCAAACGAUGGCUGGCCAGGCCAUCUUAGCUCACAUUCACUCAACCCCCUACCUUCCCGAGUAUCUUCAAAACUACUAUAUUAACGCCGUCUUGUCUGAAGCCCAAGAUUCUGCCAGGAUAGCAGCUUCCCGGGAGCAUCGGGCGGUAAGGAUGGUAUUCCAUCUGAAUAUCUCGGUCAUCAUGAUGUUCGAUGAUGAUUAUGACAGCUCUGCCGAGGAUGGGGAGGAUGCGGCGGCCGGAUAUGUCGAAAUGGAUGCUGCGAUGGGCUUGGGGGAUGCCGGUGUGGAUGCAGUUACGGCAAAUGUCGAGGAGGAUGCAUCGUCUGAGGUUGAGGCAAUGGCAGGGAGUGACGCUGCGCAGCCAGUGGAUUUGGAGGCAGUAGAGGUUGUUGGGGGAUUAUCCCCUGAAGCUAUUGCAAACCAUCUGACUGUCGAUAAUUUCAUGGGUGCAGAUCCGGAAACAUGUGCGAUAUGCCUCCAGAACAUCGCGGGAGGAACCCCGGUAGGGUGGCUGCCUUGCGCCCAUGUCUAUCAUCCAUACUGCAUUGCGGAUUGGCUCAAGAGAAGUGGGACGUGCCCUAUCUGCCGUCUCCAGUUGCCAGAUAUUGGUGGUAAUUAG